AUGUUGUCACAAGCUUUCUUGGGAGCUUGGCUACUCUUGGCUGCUCCAUCACUGGCUACGGAUACCUGCAAGGCCCCCAUCAACCAUCCCGGGGAGCCCUUUAGCUAUGUCCAGCCUCGGAAUACUACAAUCCUCACUCCUUACGGCGACUCGCCGGCCGUUCUUCCUUCACCGAACAUCACCGGCAAUGGUGGCUGGGAGGACGCACUGAAAAAGGCAAAGAAGUUUGUGAAUCAACUGACCCUGGAAGAGAAGUCAUGGAUGGCUACAGGCCAACCCGGCCCCUGUGUCGGCAACGUACUUCCCAUCCCUCGUCUCAACUUCACUGGUCUCUGUCUCCAGAAUGGACCCCAGUGUGUGCAGCAGGGAGACUAUUCCAGUGUGUUCAUCAGCAGUGUCUCUGCUGCGGCAAGCUGGGAUCGUCAAUUGCUGUACGAUCGAGCACAUGCAAUGGCCGAAGAACACAAAGCAAAGGGUACCCAUGUCAUCUUGGGUCCCAUCGGAGGACCUCUGGGCCGCAGUCCCUAUGAUGGUCGUACCUGGGAGGGUUUUGCUGCUGAUCCCUAUCUGACCGGUGUCUGUAUGGAGGAGACUAUCAACGGUAUGCAAGAUGCCGGUGUUCAGGCGAAUGCAAAGCACUUCAUUGCCAACGAGCAGGAGACUCAGCGCAACCCAACCUAUGCGCCGGAUGCGAACGCGACCACAUAUAUCCAGGACUCUGUCUCUGCGAACAUCAACGAUCGCACACUGCAUGAGAUUUAUAUGUGGCCCUUUGCAAAUGCCGUCCGUGCUAAUGUGGCUAGUGCCAUGUGCUCAUACAACCGUCUGAAUGGCUCGCACUCGUGCCAGAACUCCUACCUUUUGAACCACCUUCUCAAGGGUGAGCUUGGCUUCCAGGGCUAUGUCAUGUCGGAUUGGGGUGCCACUCACAGUGGUGUUUCGUCGGUCGAAAGUGGUAUGGAUAUGACUAUGCCUGGAGGUUUCACCUUGUACGGCGAGCUUUGGACCGAGGGUUCAUACCUCGGAAAGAACCUGACCAGAGCCGUGAAGAAUGGUACCGUUGAGAUGACCCGCCUCGAUGAUAUGAUCGCACGUAUCAUGACGCCCUACUUCUGGCUCGGUCAGGAGAAGAACUACCCUAGUGUCGAUGCUUCUGUUGGCCCGCUCAACGUGGACUCGGCACCUGACACUUGGCUCUACGAUUGGCAAUUCACCGGCGAGACGAGCCGUGAUGUCCGGGCCAACCAUAGUGCCAUGAUCCGUGAGCAUGGAGCUUCCUCUACCGUGCUAUUGAAGAACGAGCGUAAUGCACUGCCACUUCGCAAGCCUCGCAACAUCGUGAUUGCUGGUAAUGACGCUGGACCUCUGACUCAGGGUCCCAAUCUCCAGGCAGACUUCGAAUAUGGUCAUUUGGCGGGUUCUUCCGGUUCUGGCUCCUGCAGAUUCUCCUUCUUGUCGACGCCUCUCGACGCCAUCAAUGCCCGGGCUCGCAAGGAUGGCUCCCUUGUUCAGUCAUACUUGAACAACACCUUGCUCACUACUUCUGCUCUCACUUCGCCUCUGUGGAUUCCUCAGCAGCCUGACGUCUGUCUUGUCUUCUUGAAGUCCUUCGCAGCGGAAGGUGAAGACCGAACUUCUCUGGACCUGGAUUGGAAUGGCAAUGCUGUUGUUGAGGCUGUUGCUAGCCACUGUAACAACACCGUGGUCAUCACCAACUCCGGUGGUGUGAAUGUGAUGCCAUUUGCGGAUCACCCCAAUGUCACAGCAAUCCUGGCUCAGCAUUACGCUGGAGAGGAGUCUGGCAAUGCCAUCGCUGAUGUUCUCUAUGGUGACGUUAACCCAUCAGGCAAGCUGCCUUACGUGAUUGCAUACAAUGAGUCCGAUUACAACGCACCUUUGACGACUGGUGUAGAGACCAAUGGUACUUUUGAUUGGCAGAGUUGGUUCGAUGAGGAACUGGAAGUCGGCUACCGGUACUUCGAUGCCCACAACAUCUCUGUUCGGUAUGAGUUUGGCUUCGGUCUGAGCUACACGACCUACGGUCUCAAAGAUCUCAAGGCAAAGAGCUCUGCUCCAUCCAAUUUGACCGCUCUUCCGGCGAAACGGGCAACCCAACCCGGUGGCAACCCUGCCCUCUGGGAGACUGUGUACACUCUGGAGGCGGAGGUUUCCAACACAGGGGACAUCGAUGGAUAUGCAGUCCCCCAGUUGUACCUGGAGUUCCCCACUUCUACCCCGGCUGGCACUCCCCCAAGCCAACUCCGUGGGUUUGACAAGAUCUGGCUCACCGCUGGAGAAAAGCAAACCGUGACUUUUGACUUGAUGCGCCGAGAUGUCAGCUACUGGGAUGUUGUUGCCCAGGACUGGCGUAUUCCUUCUGGUUCUUUCACCUUCAAAGCCGGGUUCAGCAGCCGCGAUUUCCAUGCGAAUGCUACCGCGACGCUGAUCAAGGCAUGA